AUGGGUGGGUAUAGUAGCAAGUCGGUAGCCUCACAACCAAAAUCAAAACAUGAAGAAAAAAUUGAGGAGGUUGACGUCAACGUUUUAUUUUCAACAGCGAUUCCGUCACUCCAAAACGAAAUUGACAAAUACAAAUUUUUACUGGAACGCUUUGAGAAUGAGUACAUGAGUAUUCGUGAUUAUGAGAAGAGCGAAAUAAGCGACAACGAGUUUCGCCUUUUUGAAAAAAAAGGUCUAGAAGUCAACGAACUCCACAUGAAAUUAUUACUCAAAAUUGAUGGCUUUGUAGGGCUUAAUGAAACGUAUCGGCCGAUAAGAAAAGACUUUGUUAUCGUGUUGCAGACUCGUUUGGACAAAAUUGAGUCCAUGCAAACACAGACAAAAGAGUUGUUUAGAAAACGAAAGAAAACUGCAGAAGGGGAAAACAUUUUGAAUACCAAAAAAGAAAAAACCGAGAUUGACGUGGCGGAACAAAAGGUAUUGAAAGGGACUAAAAAAACACAGAUGGACAAGGACAAAAUCCUCGCACAGUUCAUAGAAUCAACUUCUGCUCCCCCAGACAUCGCCCAACAGUAUCUCCAAAUGUGUGACUACAACCUUGAGCAGGCUGUAAACAAUUUCUUUGAGUCACAAGAGAUCAAAUCACAGACCGUCGACGCGACCUAUGUCCCUGCACAAAAAGCGAAGGUGGAGACGCUGAACGACUCCGUUGUCCGCUCCGACAGCAGAACGCUUGUCCUCAGAAAUUUCGUCGACGAAGCGAAGGGGAAAGUGACUCACUUCACACAAUUCCUACCUCCUGACGACUGCUCGACACUUGGAGAUUUCGGCGCGGCAUGCAAUAGAGCUGCGAAGGAAAACAGAUGGGUUGCUGCGUACGUCUUAAAGGAGACCGAUCUCAACCAACUGGUGUUUAUCAGAGAUGUCAUUAAGUCACAGCAGGUGAGGUGGGUCUUGUCGCGGAGUUUCGUGGUUUGGGUCCCGCUCACUGUUGUUGGUAAAUAUGUCGAGACAAGUGACUCAGGGCUAUCAACUAUAAAGACACAAGAGGACUACAAGGUGAGGUACAAAAACACACAGCUCCCCGUUUUCAAUAUACACAAUCCUAUUACUGGCGAGAUAGUCGAACGGCUGAAAACAAACACAACGCCAGAGGAACUUCAUUUGGAACUCAAAAACUUUUUGAAAAUUAAUGGAAAGCCUUUCAAAGAAGAUGAAGUUAGAAAGACUGUUAUUUCAUUCGACUCGUCUUCGAGUUCUGACGACUUUGUGUGCGUUGGGGAGACCAGACCAGCAAAAAAGGUUGUUGACGUUGAGGAGGAGUGUAAGCCAAUAAGCGUGUUGGACGACGAUAAAGAGAACCCGGAGAUAAUUUCAGUGAAGAGCGAUAAACAAUUCGGAUUUGAUCAGAUUGCGUUGGACUUUGACAAAAACACAACAAACAAAGACGAAAAGAAGGAGGAAAAGGGAGAUGAAAACCCAGAAGAAAAAUUGGAAGAAGUUGUUUACACCCCAGCCAAGGAAGAGUUGUGUGUCAAACCUGAAAAAGAGAAAAAUGCCAGCGUUGAUGAAAAGCCAAAGGUUGGAAAUAAGGGACGGGUGAAAGUUUGUUUUGACAAAAAAAGUGAGGUGGUCGAGGUGUAUGAAAAUUACACAGUCAAAGAUGUGUUGGAGCUGAUUGGCAAAGUGGUGAAAUUAGAAACCAUGGCUGUUUGGAUCAACCGGCCGCGGAGUAGGAUUGACAAGCUUCUUGCGGCAACCCCAGUGCGGGAGGCGAAAUUGUAUCCGUCAGCCGUUCUUUAUGUUGAAAAAGAGUGA